AACAAAUCAAGCUCAUGUAUAGGUGACCUACUGAUAUUGACCAUGACAACUACCCAGCCUACGAUGAGUCAGCCUAAUAAAGUUAAUGAACGAGUAGCCUCCUCUGCUGCCAACGUUCAAAACCCACCUUCGUCAUACAAAAGAUUGGGCAGAAGAUCACCAUUUAUGAGAUAUGGACUUCCUAUGAUCUCACUAACUGUGCUUGGAUCUAUUGGUCUUAGCCAACUUCUGCAAGGCAGCAAGGAUAUUGCUAAAGUGAAGGAUGAUCAGGAGUGGGAAAUCAUCGAAACAAGAAAAGCUCUUUCCAGGGUUGGACCUGUCAAUGCAUAUAACCCCAAAAAAAUUAACUUGGAGGAAGAACUAAAGGCUUUGCAAGAGAAGGUUGAUAUUAAUGAUUAUGAAUAUAAGAAAAUUCCUAAGCCCAAGGAAAGUGGAUAAAAUAACAAAAAUGUUAAUGGGACUCUCUUGUGCAAUAAAGUUGCAGCUCGUUGGCUUCUCUUAUAGAGAUUCGCUUUGAUGAUUUAUCUACCGGGCAGCUCUUCCAUCCGCGAGUUACGUGCCACUAUUGGAAAAAGUUUUUACUGAGCUAUCUAUGCUUUGGGCUAUGUAU